AUGCUCCAGGACGUCGAGGACGCCUACACGCUUUACCAGAAUUCGGUCACCAAUCUCCUCCAUCUCCUGUCCAAUCCUCUCAUCCUCGCCCACACAGCUCCUCACCUCUCCGCUUAUGACCGUCUGAGCCUUGCCUCCACGAGCCGAGCAUUCCGAGAACUGAUCAAACACACCUCUGGCGUAUUCCGCCAUCUUGAUCUGAUCCACGUACGCGCGGCGCAGUUUGAAAUCGACGGCAUUGAUCGCGGUGGUGAAGUCUGGCGUAAUGUCCAACUUGAUGAGAAUCUGACCGAAGAUGAUUUUUACUCCGGUCCGCUGAGAGGCAUCUUCUCAGGCAUCCGCCGACAGAACAUACUCCAAGAUGUCCAGACGCUGAUCUUAGACGGCUUGUCCGUGACGGCUGAGCUCUGCCACGAAAUCAUUCUCGACCCAUCCUACAGCGUGCGACUCUUAUCCAUUCGCGGCGUCAAGAACCUGAACGAGCGCAAGCUGUGCGCAUCUCUUCAAUAUGCCUGCAGACCGUCGCGGCCAGAGGGCAUGCCCCGGCUGAAGGGUCUCUACGUUUUCGGUGCCAAGGACACUCCGCUGCCCUCAUUCGCAUCACCCGGUGUAUCCUCUGGCACCGCCUCGCACGCAGCGCAGAUCAGCGCAGGGUGGAAUGCCAAGUCGCAGCAGGCGUUGACAUCAUCUCUUCGAAGCGAGGAAGAGGACUGGUAUUAUAGGAAAGGCCGCAUUAUUUCACGUCCGCUGGUCGAGGAGUGGGCCAACACUCUGGUCGACUGCCACGGUAUCAUUGCCUUUGAUGCAGUUGCUUGCACCGGGCCUCACCAUAUGAACUCGCCUGCUUACGGCAAGGUAAGAACCCCGGCCUCAGCCCGGCAAUGGGCCGUGGCGACAGUCGCCCUGGGCGGCUGUGCCGGUUGCGGUGCUGCACCCGAAGGCAUGUCAGUUCACAGCGGGACUCCGGCGAUUCAACGUCCUCUCCUGUCCCCUCCGCCUCUCCUAGCAUCGUCAGUCAAGGCCGCAACGGCACCGCAGCUCUGCACCGGAUCGGAAACGUCCUUCGUCGCUCGAUGCAUCGACUGCCUGCGAGAGAGAUACUGCGCGGGCUGCAAUAAGUGGUGGUGCGAGGAAUGUUACCAGACACCCAGCGCCGUGACCGAGCUGGCCGAUACCGACGUGAUUGUCGUCGACGCCGACGGCGGUGCUUGGGUCCAGCACCAAGAGCACGAGAGUCAGCCCAAGAUUAAGGUACGAAAUGGCGCCUGCUUCCCAGACUGCAUCAUGGGCGAGGUCAUUGAUGCGCAGAGGGUGUUGCUGGGCUGA